CAAUGACAGACCCAUAGACGACCCAGUUGAUUAAGCCACAGAUCCCCAGAUCUCAUAAUGCUGAUCCUCUCUUCCGAUCCGAUCUUCUAGUCUGUUCGAAAGCAGAUUUAGCCAGGUAUAAGUACACAUUUCAUUGUUCAUGAAGCGACUUCUCUCUUUUCUCAUUACCCUCAUCACGGCACUACUCAUCGCAUAUUAUACCAACAUCGAAUCCAAUCUGGCGACCAAUGCAAUCUUUCAUCAAGCUAGACCCAUUUUCAACAAUUUGAUACUUCGAACACCACCUAAAGCCUCAGCAACACCCUUUCUCGGUCUCCCUCUGAUCCCCUCUCGCUUCACAUCAACCGCAAACAUGACCACCCCGCGAGCCAUCCAAUUCUCCUUCCUCGCUCGCGAGCAGUCCGAGGGCGCUGGUGCCGUCGUCAGACGCAGUGUCGGCACACCGAAAUUGCGCAACUUCACCCCGUUCCUCAUGCUCGACCACUUUCGCAUUCCACCUGGCGCAGGCUUUCCCGAUCAUCCACACCGCGGUCAAGAAACAAUCACAUACCUGUUAAAAGGUGGUGUCGACCACGAAGACUUUGCAGGCAACCGUGGGACAAUAGGGCCAGGUGAUCUUCAGUUCAUGACCGCUGGUCGAGGGAUCAUGCACGCAGAAAUGCCCGUGCAAACCGAAGAUGUCAACGUCGGCAUGCAACUUUGGGUCGACUUGCCCGAGAAGCUGAAAUCCUGCGAACCGCGUUAUCGCGACUUGCGCGCCUCUGAGAUCCCAAUCGCUAAGACGGACGAUGGCAAGGUCGAAGUCAAAGUAAUUUCUGGACGGAGCCAAGGCGUCGAGUCGCUCAAGGACCUCGCGUACACGCCUGUUUGGUUCUUGGACAUCACGAUCAGACCGGGCGGCAAAAUCACCCAAGAACUUCCUCAGGGCUGGAACGCUUUUGCAUAUACGCUUGAAGGGGCCGUGACAUUCGGCAAUGGCUCAAAAGAGGCUGGGGAGACAAUCACGCCCUAUCACAAUGUCGUUUUCGAGCAGAGUGGUGAUGUUGUCACGGCGCAUGUUGAGGAGGGCGCGACUGAAGCUGCACGAUUCAUUUUGGUCGCAGGACAACCGCUCGACCAGCCCGUGGUGCAGUAUGGCCCCUUUGUCACGACGAGUAAAGAGGCAGUUUAUCAGGCCAUGAUGGAUUUCCAGACAUCCAGCAACGGGUUUGAGAGAGCCAUGAAUUGGGAGAGUGAGAUCGGAAAGACUAUGGGACGGGUCAGAUAAGACGAAACAACCGAAUCUUCGCAAUAGCGGGAGAACUUGCUUCACAUUACAUUACGAAAGACUCGACUGGGACCGGACACUGAAAGCCAAACGAAAUCCGAGACGGCGGUUCGCCGAAGGUUGCAUUCCUCACUCUUUAUAUGUGUAGCUGCACGAUGCACCAUCGGCUGCAGCACAAGUGCGGGGACAUUCGCAUGACAGGCAUAACACUGUCUGUUUCGGGCCACCGACUGGAAAAACUCGAGGUGAUCAAGAUAGGAGUGAGCGAACUUGAUCCGGUGGCCGCUGAAGAAUGGAAGGUCUGUAACCUUGGAGGGAUACUAUUGAGGAUGGGAGCGAGGCUAUCCUACCACGCCAUUUCCUUGCUGCCUUAUACCUCGGUGUAUUUCAGCUAUAUAGAGGGACCUAAUUCAGUUAGAGAUCUUUGUUCACGUCAGAAUUUUCAGAGGUCCUGUUUCUCACCUAGUCGUUUCCCUGAGAAGUGUACGCAUAUGCACAAGCACGUGAUCUUGGACUGCUUAUUCAGCGGUUUUACCUCCGGUGUUCGG